AUGGAUUCCUAUAUCUAUGGUAGUGUGCGUUCACAACACUGGGUACUACUGUCCACCUGUUCAUUGGGGGGAAAUGGAUGUAGAUCUACAAUUUGUACUAGUGGAACCAGAACCGUAGUCGAGAUCAAAGGCCCAGAAAUCUUGUUGUACUUUAUCGAACCGGGCAUCCAGUCCAAACCAUAUAUGCCGACAAACUCGGUGUCGUUGACGGGCACCGCCAUACCGGUGCCCGUCAACGACACCGAGUUUGUCGGCAUAUAUGGUUUGGACUAUUUUAUUGACACACAGGAGCUCAUUGGACAGACACCUAACCGGACCUUGCUUAAUUAUUUGCUAUGGAGGUUUGUGAUGAACCGGGCCAAUAACCUGGAUGCCCGGUUCGAUAAAGUACAACAAGAUUUCUAUAGGGAAAUAUAUGGUACUAAAAGUCAGUCAGCCAGGUGGAAAAAGUGUGUCGACUAUGUUAAUAAUAACAUGGUAAGCGCGCUGUAUGUUCAGGAACAUUUUAACAGCGCCAGUAAGGCUAAGGCCGAAGAAAUGAUCGCUAAUAUUAAGAAUGAAUUCUACGAAAUACUCGAUGAGAUCGAGUGGAUGGACCCGGAAACUAGAGCUGAUGCCAAGACCAAGGCAGCGGUAAUGGAGCAACACAUUGGUUUCCCUGAUUACUUAAUGGACCAGGAUAAAUUGAAUGAAGAAUAUGAGCAUCUACACUUUGAAAGCUUUCCUGCGGCUGUACUCCAGUCCCCGCUGUUUAACAAAGACUAUCCAAACUCAUUGAAUUACGGGGCUAUCGGAUCGAUUGUGGGACACGAGUUAACCCAUGGUUUCGACUCAAACGGUCGCCACCACGACUCCAAUGGCAAUCAGCGGCUCUGGUGGCACCCGAACACCAUCGACCGGUUCAUCGCUAAGUCCCAGUGUAUGACCAAUCAGUACAACAACUACACCGUUAGAGUGAUGGGAGAGGACCAUAAGAUCAAUGGUGUCCUCACUUUAAGCGAAAAUAUCGCGGAUAACGGAGGAGUAAAGCAAUCAUUUCGGGCGUUCAAAAAGCUGCAGCUCCGGUAUGGGGCCGACCGACUGCUCCCGGGCCUCAAUCUCACCCAAACUCAGCUAUUUUUCCUGAAGUUCGCUCAGAAUUGGUGCCAAACCAUGACAGAGGAGGGGACGCUCACAGCCCUCAAGACCUGGAAACACACGCCUGGGAAGCACCGAGUGAUAGGAACUCUACACAAUUCGGUGGAGUUUUCGCGGGCCUACAACUGUCCAGAGGGUAGUCCUAUGAAUCCCAUUCACAAAUGCCACUGUGCUAUCGAUUAA